AUGUUUGCGUUUUUGAUAGUGCUGUGUCAACUGCACGUGAUGAUGUUUGCGUUUCCUCACUGCACAGGGAGAUUAAAUAACUUGAAGCAACCUGAACGAAAAGACGUGUUUACAUCAGAAAAGGAGGCCAAUUUAUUCAUUGGACGACAUCUUCUGAAUAACAGAUUUGAUUUUGAAGCAUUCACAGCGGAUAACCUGGAAAGAGAAUGCUUUGAAGAGCUGUGCAAUUUUGAAGAAGCCAGAGAAGUUUUUGAAGACCCCAAUAAAACGAUGGAUUUUUGGAACGACUAUUCAACUAAAGGACCUAAAAUAAAAAUAGGUGAUGAGGCACUACAAAAGAUUAAUGUUACAGGACUUCUCAUCAGUCUAGUUGCUGCUGGAGUACUGUUAGUUAUAAUUGCACUGCUUAUCUUCUACUGCUGCAAAAGUAGAUGCAAAUCAAGGCAACCACCACGGUACUUGCAUUAUGUAAGAAGACGUAGUUCAUCUAGCAUCUUCAGAAGGCAUGAAGAAUUUUCUUUAAACCCACUUCCUCUCAGAACUGAUGAUUCAGGACUACCAACUUAUGAGCAAGCAGUUACUUCAGAUGGACAACACAAUGUGCCACCACCUCCUUAUCCAGGGCCCCCAACAGGGGCUCGGGUGUUUAAAAAGUCUAUGUCACUUCCUGCCCCUUAG